AUGCUCGUCUUCGCUCAAUGCUCGGCAAGAUUCGCUACUGCUGGCGGCGCUUAUCACUACGCUGUCUUUCUCACCCCUGAGAAGUACAGGCGACAGGUUGCUUAUCCUCUCGGUUGGCUGAACUAUGCUGGCUGGGUCCUGACUCAUGCUGCCUGCUGUGCUGUUACCGCCACCUUGUUUUUGGCACUGAUCAAUCUCUGUAAUGCGGACUUUGAUGUCACUGUUAGAUGGCGUCUUUUUGUCGCUUACAUGAUUGUCGCAUUGGGCUGCUGGCUCGUUAACCGCUUUGGGUUGAGGGGAAUUCCCAUGCUGGAGAAUAUUGGCUGCUGGGCGACCGCUGUUGGCUUCAUCGCUUUCUCUGUGUUGCUUCUUGUUAAAGCUCCAAAGGCUUCCGCGAGUUUCGUCUUUGUAGAAACGAGCAACAGAACCGGGUUCGUAUACUCUUCUACGGGAUUCGCGGUUCUACUCGGACUAAUGAAUAGUUUCUCAACUCUGAUGGGUCUCGAUGGCCCAGCACAUCUAGCAGAGGAGAUUCCACAGCCUAAGCGCUUUCUCCCCCGCAUUAUGAUCAUCGUCAUCCUUAGUCAGUUUGCGAUUGGUCUUGUUUGGAUUCUUGUCCUGGGCUUUUCUGUCAAAGACUUGGAUGCCAUUGUUGCAACAUCUACUGGAGUCCCCGUGCUCGAAAUCAUCCGACUCGCUAUCGGCAGCCGGGCAGCAGCAAUAGUGUUCUGUUGCAUUCUACUUGUGAACAUGGUCGCAUCAUCUCUUGGCUCGGCCAUAACGAUGAGUCGUCAAGGCUAUGCCUUCGCCCGAGAUAAUGGUCUCUUCUGGAAUGAUAAGCUGGUGCAUUUGUCUCCAAAGACAAACCUUCCUGUGUGGUCAAUCAAUCUCUCAAGUGCUAUUGUCUUUGCUAUUGGUCUAAUUUAUCUUUUCUCCCUAACCGCAUUCAACGCUAUAAUCGGCGCACAAGCUGUUUGCCAGAUAAUCAGCUUUGGUGUGUUCCCCGGCUUCAUUCUUGUCCGCCCCAUUCUUAACAAAGCAACAGGGUUUCCCGCACUCAUGCUUCUGUUGACCAAAAGAUCCAUGCUCCCUGCGAGUCCUCGCUGGGACUUUGGAUUCUGGUCAACUUCGGUAUACAUUGUCGCUGUUCUCUACUCUAUGCUCGUUACCAUCGUGGCAUUUAUCCCGCAAACCCAUCCUGUAACUGCUGACACUAUGAACUAUACUGUCUUGAUCAUGACAUGCUUGGCUGUUGCAAUAAUUGCCGGAUGGGUCUUCGAGGGUCGCGGCAAGUUCACCCCUCUCAGGAAUGUCGAUCUAGAUUCAGAUGUCCAGGUGAUCGAGGGCUUGGAAGAAGAUGUUGAGCAACACGAUCAGGAUAAGCGACAAAAGGCGCAGGUCAUAGCUCACGAUUAA